AUGACAAGGCGCCACAGGUCUCGAUCUCGUUAUGAAUACUCGUCCUCAAGCUCCGGGUCCUCGUCUCGCCAUGUGCCACCGAGCGUACCCAGCCCUCCCGAGAGUGAUUUCAGACGAUGGACAAGCCGCGACGAGGAAAACCUUGAGGCAAUGAGGGCUCGCCUGCGCGAACUGCAGAUGGGCAGCACACUAGGAGGCCCAGCUGGUCUGCCUUCGUGGAGCCAUAGCUCCAGUGGCGGAGGAAGCUAUCGGUCCGGACGCUCUCGACCAUCCUACACCGACGACAGCAGUGGCUAUGCUGGGACCUCUAUCUACACGCCAUCAAGGUCCAGCUACGAUACCAGGGACUACGAGUACGACACUGCGGAUGAGCGAUCGCGAUCAAGUGGCUCAAGCUCUGGAACUGUGCGAUAUUCCAAUUACGGCAGCGGUUCAUCUAGGAGCAGUGGCCGUGCCCCUGAUGCGUCAGGUGGAUUCUGGACCACGACCAGAAUUGAGCGCUACAAUGCCUAUCCCAGCAGAUCCGGACGGGGAAGACAGUCCUCUUCCUCGAGCCAGUCUUCGCGAGACCCGCCGAUGUACUCGAGCAGAGAUUCCAGCUCCUACGGCGACUAUGUUCCCUCUUACCGAUCUUCUGCACGAAGUCGAGCGAGCAGCUUCAGUGCUCCGCCUGGCUUACAUUCCAGCUUGAGCGCCAGCGGUUCGCGCUAUCUGGGCAGCUACUCAGGCGGUCCGUCGGGCAGCCCCUCGGGCAACCCCGGCGCAUACACGGCCAAUAUUUCUAGGCCUCGAAUUGUCGUAGCCGAGGAGCCAGAUGAUGUUUCUGAGAGAUAUUACGCACGGCCUGGCACGCCUGGCGAGUGGUCACCGACGCCCACCCAGCGCCGACGCUACCCGAGCCCGACUCGCAGCAUCAGCCCUGAUGUGUACAGCGACAGCUCCUCCAGCGACUCAUGGUAG